GUCUGAGACAUGCUUCCGAAUAUUCAGUGGUAGAUUGAGAGCAAGAUGAGAUAAAGUAUUAAAGUUUUGAAGUCUGAUAUAGAUGGGAUUACGCCCGCGCUAUUUCCGACCGAGACCCCCCGCAUCAAGCUCCGAGGCUUGUUUCACCCCCACCCUCGGUCGUCGUCUCCAGAUCAACAACCGCGCCGCAAUCCAUCAUGUUCACCGGCCUUGUCGAAAUAAUAGGAACUGUCGCCGCGCUUGAGGAGCUCGACCAGACGGCCACUGGGGGCGGAGGCACUUCGCUGACCAUAUCGGAUGCCCAAGGUAUUCUGGAAGAUGUGCACCUGGGGGAUAGCAUUGCCGUCAAUGGCACAUGUCUAACUGUCACCGAGUUUGACAAGACAUCCUUCAAAGUCGGCGUUGCACCCGAGACGCUCCGCCGGACCAACCUGGGCUCGCUGAAGAAGGGCUCGCAUGUCAAUCUCGAGCGCGCAGUCUCGGCGACGACGCGUAUGGGCGGACACUUUGUUCAGGGCCAUGUCGACACGAUUGCGAGCAUUGUAUCCGUCACACCGGACGGCAAUGCUCUGACGUUCCGCUUCAAGCCGCGAGAGCCGGCCGUCCUUCGUUACAUCGUUGAGAAGGGCUAUGUGACAAUAGACGGGGCGAGCUUGACAGUAACAAAGGUGCAAGACGGACCGGAGGGAUGGUGGGAGGUCAUGUUGAUUGCGUACACGCAGGAAAAGGUGGUUACGGCGGCGAAGAAACCGGGCGACGAUGUGAAUGUCGAAGUCGACCAAGUGGGCAAGUAUGUUGAGAAGAGUGUUGCGGGUUACUUUGAGGGAACUGCGAAUGGCGAAUUCGCGAUCCUCGAGAAGAUGGUCUCAAGACUGGUGGACGAGAAACUCAAGGCUCUGGGCAGAAAUGUUUGAGGAACAUUUCUCGCUGCCUAACAUGGGUAACUGAUGAGGCUGGACGUCGCAAGGGAAAGUGAGGCGCAGCCCUAUCAUCCAUCUAUUUUGGUGCAGCCAGCAAAACAGAAUUUAAAGGCAGACGGCAGCCCUCUCCUACCAGAUUUUCGUGAGCAAGACCCC